AUGGGAUUUUGCUUUUUAUUUAAUUCAAAUGUUUGUUUUGGAUGGGAUUACAAAAUUAUUAUAGUUUAUGCUUGUAUAACGUAAUUUGCCUUUAUGAUUUCAAAAUUACUCUCUAGUAAAGGGUAUAUCUGGUACAAUAUUAAAUUAGGAUCAAUACAUAUUGUUGUUUUGCCAUAAUGGAAAGCACAUUAUUAAUUACUUAUCUAAUGGGAAUAGUUUAUAACAAAGAAGUUUCUCCAAUAAAUAUCAACUUUAUUAGUUAUACUUUACUGAUAUUAUAAUUUGUGAUAUUAGCUAUUACAGUUCUCAUAAGUAGAUAGAGUUUGGAGAGUGAAGGACAUGAUUAAUCCUAGCAAAUAUAAGAAAUAGUACUUAUGAUAUGAUGUUAGUUAGUCUCAGCAAUUAAGUGUAUAGGUUCAUUAUAAAUUGUUUUCUUAAGUUUGAAAUGGAGUAAUUAAAUUAAUUGGUGCUGGAUGUAAACCUUAGUUAUCGUAUGGUUCAGCAUAGGUACUUUGAUAUUGAUUGAAAUAUGUUUAUUUAUUGAUUUUUUAAUGAAGUGUUGCAAUAAUUAAUUAGAAAAUAAAAAACAAAUAAGUAAGAGUAUAAUAACAUAAGUUUAUGGUAGUAUUUUGGUAAAUAUAAUAUUCAUUGGUAUUAUUUUGACUUCUUUGUUAACAUUUUUGGGAUUAGGAUUAUUGUUGGAUUAUUAAAUUUCUUAAAUUAAUUUGGGAGGAUUAAUAGUAACAAUUAUAUAUUACUUAAUGGAAUUAUGCUUUUAUAUAAAGAAUAAGGAAGAUUUGAUGUAAAAUUAGUCAUUAAAAUUAGUUCAUUUUUAAGUAUUUAAGAAAAUUAAACUUAAUCUUAGAGUUAAGAAGUAAAUAAUGAAUAAACAAGUUUUAAGGAGAGAUUAAAAUAAAUACAUAGAUUAAGUAUAAACUAAAUUCCUUAAUUUAUGAUAAAAUUAUCUGCUACUUAUUAUAAGAAAAAGGAAUUAAUAGAUUCUAACAAACAAUAGAUUGGUUCAGUAUUGUCUUAAGAUAAGAAAUAUAGAUCAAUUAGUUUUUCAGAGAUUAAGAAAAACAAAGAUAUUAAAAAGUAAGCAUCAUAGGAUUAUGAUGAAGAACUAACAAAAAGGUUUGAUCAUUUAAUGUCAUCUCCUCGAUUAAAAUUAGAAGUUAGUGAAAGUAUGGGUGCAGAGUUAUCUAGUAGAGGACAACUUAAAUAGAAUUAAUUAUGUUUAAUUUGUUAUGAGAAAGAAAGUAAUAUGAUUAAUUAGCCUUGUGGUCAUGGAGGAUUUUGUUAGGAAUGUUCAUAAUAAAUGUUGUCAAAGAGUAAUUUGUGUUUAUUGUGUAGAAAACCAGUCACUCAUACAUUAAUAUUUUAAGGAGUUGAUAAUCGGGAAAGUUUAGUUGAGGUAGUUGGUAUUUUAUAGGGUGAAAAGAAGUAAUGA